AUGGAUAACGAGUCCGAGGUGUUUGCGAAGCUCCCUAACCCAAACGCCGGGCCUGCACAUUUCACCGUCGCGUCUAAGGUGGCUACACGCGAGCUGCGUCGUGAUAUAUUCAAUGUUCCUAUUGAGGCUAAGUAUGUCAUCGAGGAAAAAACACCCGGUGUACGGCUUGGCUCGGUCUGGAAUCAGUGGCCUCGAGAAUUGAAGCUCCAAUUAAUCACUCAGGUGGUUGAACUCGAGAAUACCUUGACUACUAUCACCUUCGAUAGUCAAAUUAAGGAGCUCCCCGAUGAUGGUCUCGCACUUCUCGAGAAAUAUAUCGACGUGGCUCCCUACCUUGUUCCGGCGCCGACCGACAACGAAUCGGGAUAUACCAAUGUUUUAUGGCAUCCUGAUCUCCACUUAGACAACAUUUUUGUGGAUCCAGACACUCAUCAAACCACCCGUAUUGUGGACUGGCAAUUCGCAUCCGUGGCGCCUCUCUUCUACCAGUCUAGUGUUCCAAGACUGUGUAGGCAUCCUGGCCCUAUUCGGGAGGGCUGGAUUGUUCCUCAAAGGCCGGACGAGUUCGAGAGGCUCAGUGAGAGCGAACAGAAGCGAAUCGAUACCGACUUAAAGAGUGAAACUCUCCACAAAUACUACGAGGCUCAGCUUCAGGCAAAGGAGCAAGAAAACAUCAACGGCAUAGGGCACAUGUUAACAUUGUUUCGCGACCAAGCGGUCCUCCCCGUGGAUGGCAUGGUUGAUCCUCAAGACUUUAACGCUGCCCGUGAGAACUGCCGCAAGUUCAAAGACAUUUUCGUUGCACUGGGCAAGGAUGAUGAUGAGAGGGAAUUGUUUCGGAAUCUAUGGCCUUAUGAAGAUUCUGAGGCUGGGGUUUUAUGCGGCAGCCAACGUGACAGUUGA